AUGGGCAACUGCCAGGCAACUCAGGUACCCACUGCCGAGGAGGUCGUCGUCCGAUUUCUGCCGGAGGCGAAGGACGAUGCUGCCGAAGAAACCUCGACACAGUCUCCGGCUCCUUCCGUGGAAGCCGAGAGCACUGCAUCCCCUUCGCCGCAUGUCGCUGCCGCGAUGCCGGAAGUCGAUGCCGCAUCACGAGACGAAACAGCUGAAGCUCCGCGUCAGGCAGUGAGACAAGCCGGCAUGAAGCCCGUGCACCUGGUGCACGAAACCAGGUUCGGGCUCCUUGUGGAGAAGUUCAAGGCCUGCGAAGUGCAGGACGAGUCAGGCAUCCUCACGAACAUCGACAUGGCGAAUUUCUUCGAGGCUUGUGAGCUGUACCGCGACAUGCUCUCCAAGCUUGGCUCAGCGGCCGGUUUCGUUCUCAGUGACAUUGAGAGCAACUUAAAGAAGGCCCUGGUGGUCUACGAGCAGGCUCCAGAAGAGAGGGCAACUUUUUCCGGCUAUCUCAAAUCCUCCUCGGUCGUCGGUGUCACGUGGCUCCUGAGAGGUGGGCAGUUUUUCCUGACCAUGAUCAAGCUGAUGUUCACCCAGGACACCCGCAAUGCCGGUGUGGAGGCCUACAAGCAAACCCUCAUGCAGUACCACGGAUGGAUGCUACAGAAGACAGUCAAGAUUGGGAUGCGUGCCAUGCCAGGAAAGGAUGGCAUCGUGAAAUCCGAUGGCCUGGUUCUAGGUGACCUGUCCCUAGAGCAGAGGGCAAAGCUUUGCGAGCGCGAUGCGCCGGCGGCCUCCGAAGCCGGACUGAAAGUUGUGCAGUGGAUGGUGGAGACGAUGAAGAAGGAAGGGAAAUGGGAUGCCAAGAAAGCGUGA